CAGCAACACUUACUAUUUCUUUCUUUAUUAAUAUAAUUCUUUUCAUCCAAAUUGGAUCAACUUCAACAUAUAUACACACACAAAAUCUUCUCUCUCUUUUUUUUCCUGGUAGUUGGUUAGUUCAUGAAGUUCAAUACUUCUUGAAGUUUCUUCAAGUUACUACUGCUGCUGCUAUGUACUUCUUAAUAAUAUUGAAUAUUGUGUAUUCAAGUGAUGAAUGAAACCUUCUUCAGAUGAUAUAUAAUGCUGCAAUUCUUGUCAAGUUUCAUUCUUCACCUGGAGGAUCAUUGGAAAAGGAUUUGAAUGAAAAAAACAGAGAAAAAGGGAGGUGGGGAUGCAGGGAAAUUUGAGAAAUGCAGCAACAACAAAAGGUGGAAGAAAAUCCAUAAGCAGAGAAAGAAAACUAGCAUUGCAACAAGAUGUAGAUAGUUUGAAGAAGAAGCUAAGGAAUGAAGAGAACAUUCAUAGGGCAUUGGAAAGAGCUUUUAAUAGACCUUUGGGAGCAUUGCCUAGGCUUCCUCCUUAUCUCCCUCCAUAUAUACUGGCGCUUCUCGCGGAAGUAGCAGUUUUGGAAGAGGAGAUUGUUAGCCUUGAAAAGCAGGUUGUGCAUUUCAGGCAAGACUUGUACCAAGAAGCUGUUUACAUGUCUUCUUCUAAGAGGAAAAUGGAGCAUUCAGCUCAUUCAAACAAUCCAAAUCCAACAAUGGAUACUCCAAAAUUGGAUACAUUGAAGCAUUUUUCACAGAAAUCUGGUAAUCCAGCAACAUCUGCAACUGUUCCAGAGGAUAGAAAAGGAAAAGAGAAUCAGUCAUGUACCAAUUCUUCCAAGAGUAGGAAGCAAUCUUCAAACCAAACAAAUAAAACUCCAAUCAAGAAACUUUCCAUUGACAAUAAAUCACUACAAAAAAGUUUGGAUACUCCAAGAAGGCAGCAAGAAACAAGGGUAAAUGACCAACAAAUUGCAGAACUAAGAAAUCCUAGUCAACACAAAAGGCCACUACCAGAAUCUGAUAGCCCAAAUAUAAUCUCUGAGAAUAUUCUGAAGUGUUUAUCAAGCAUUCUCUUGAGAAUGAGUGCUGUGAAGAAUCCAUGCUCUGUAGGUAACACACUAACGCGCCAAAACUGUAUCGAAGGGACUGAAGUUUGGGAUCCAUAUGGUGUCUGUUUGGAAUUUGGACAGCAUGAUAUCGGUCCAUACAAGCAGUUAUGUGCAGUUGAUGCGAAAUCUUUCAAUCCAAAUCGAACAGCAAACACUUUGUUUUUACAACAUAGAUUGAAACUUUUAUUUAGGAAACUUGCCUCUGUCAACUUAGAGAAACUUAACCAUCAAGAGAAGCUUGCAUUCUGGAUCAACAUUUAUAACUCCUGUAUGAUGAAUGCAUUCAUAGAGGGUGGCACACCAGAGAGUCCAGAAGCGGUUGUUACAUUGAUGCAGAAGGCAACAAUCAAUGUUGGUGGGCACAUGCUGAAUCCAACAACCAUAGAGCAUUUCAUUUUAAGACUUCCUUACCAUUGGAAAUUUACGUUCUCAAAGGGAGCGAAAAAUCACGAAAUGACAGCAAGAAGCAUGUUUGGACUGGAAUUGUCAGAACCCUUGGUGACAUUUGCUCUCUCUUGUGGUACCUUGUCCUCUCCUGCUGUGAGAGUUUACACAGCAUCCCAAGUUGAGAACCAGCUAGAAGUGGCUAAAAGAGAGUAUUUGCAAGCAACUUUUGGAAUCUCAACAACCAAAUUUGCUAUCCCAAAGUUGCUUGAUUGGUAUUUACUUGAUUUUGCAAAGGACUUGGAAUCAUUAUUGGAUUGGAUAUGUCUCCAAUUACCAAGUGAAUUGGGGAAAGAAGCAAUCAAAUUACUUGAGGAAAGAAAAACUGAACCUCUCUCUCAAUUUGUACAAAUUAUGCCAUACGAGUUCAGUUUUAGAUACUUGCUAUGCACAUAGUUUUCUUUACAUAUUUCUCUGUAUAUUGUUUUCUUAUUAUUGAUGUCUGCCAUUCAAUUUUUUAUACAAUGCAAGCUGUAUAUCACACAAAUAAAAGAAUGAUGAAUAAUGUUUUUCUUCU